UGAAAAGAGCUCAAUCGCCGCUAACAUCACGUUCCUUUGUCGUCUGCCCGAAUGUUCCGUUAGUUCCGUGUAGUUUCGUGAGAGAAAACCGUUGUAUGCCUGUAUUGGCGUCCCUGCGUUGCCACCAAAUAACCACUGAGCGCAUGUGUGCCACGUGUGUGCCGUGCAUACACUCAGUCAACGCAUGUUAAUGCACUCAAACGGCGACAACCAGUGACGGCGAGCACCUAAGAACGAGUGCUUCAGGAAAGGCGAAUUCCCAAGUGGAAAUGUGGACGCCUGCUGAACGAAAACAAUGUGUCGCACAGCUUCGAAACUUACUGUGGGGUUGCUCACAGAGGCAAGUGGGUAUCUGGCAUGGUAUGCCCUCACAUACGAGGGGUUAGUCUUUUUAAUAGGCUGGAUUGAAUCGGCUACCUUGGGCCCCAUCGUUGCCGCCAGUGUACUAUGCUUCUGAGUACAGCGCCGUACAUAGCGAUGAAUCUGCAGCCUGAUUUCCUUACCAUGUUUGACCGACGCCAACGGUGUCAGCUGUCUCUGAAUGACUGUUGGUCGUUCAAUUAACUUCGUGUACCCCUUCGCUGGAACUCACAAACAGUGUAUCAAAGAGCAAGGAUUGCAUCGUGUGAAACCGGAAGGUGGCACCUGGCGUGAUUCUGGUGGGUCUCAUCUGAACAGCUGCUCGACAUGUAGGAAGUGGUUCCCGAGACUGCUAGGAAAAGGCUGCAUUCUGCACCAAACACAAAUAGGCAUCAAGGCAGAUGCACAACCCAAGGAAAACGAGAUGGUAGAAGAUUAUGUCAGAGGAACUGAUGACAACCUUUUACCUGCAAAUUUCUGCAAACAAGCACGUUCUGCUAGACUACUACAGCACAACGCUUAUCAGCUCAGUGAUGGCGCAUCUACCAGACAAGUAGGGCUGCAUUGCUCCCUCUUUCCAUCUAGUGGGAGUGACCUGAGCUACCAUGAGGGUGUGCAUGGUAAUGAACGGUUCACAUGUGGUUACUGCAAAAAGGUCUUCAAGAAGAGGGGAACCCUGACCGUUCACCUCCGCGUCCACACCGGUGAGAAGCCGUUCCAGUGUCACCUGUGCCCCAGGAACUUCACGCAGAGGGCCACUCUCAUGUAUCACAUGCGAACACACACCGGGGAAAAGCCUUAUCAGUGCCGCUAUUGCCCCAGGGCCUUUUCACGAAAGAUGCUGCAGAAGAACCAUGAGCGCAGCAAACAUUUGAAGCAUUUGACCACUCUUUGAUGAUGCUUGCCACCUUUUGCUGGCAUUUUAUGUGACGUGCCUCAAUGGUUGACUUUGGGAGGCAUGUGCGUCUACUUUUAUUUGCCGUGGUGCAUUUGCCAAAAAAUAAGAUAUGUCUGUACAUUUUUCAGGACAAAUUGCAAUGUUUCCCCAUAAAGUGAAGGUUUAUAAAGCAGUGUCCAAGAAAAAGCUAAAUAAUUGCCACAAGCAGUUAGCCCUUUUUCAAGAGGUAGAGCAAGUCCUUUCCCAUAAGACAGCCCAUGUUCUUCACUGAAUAUCUGUGCUGAGUGCCGAUGUUGCAAACUAUCUUUUUUCUGGCUCCUGUGCUUUGAAAACUUUCACAGUUAGCUGUUCCUAUCCUGCAACACUUAAGCAUUUCAUGAAGCAUGGACAUAUGGACAGCGUAACUAGAGGCCUGAUUAACAAUGCAUUAUGAUGUAGGUAGUUGCCACCAGGUAAAAGACUUUUGCAGCAGAACUAUCCCAGUAUGGAAAGCUGUUGCAAUUAUUCUCCUGAGCUUAGUACUAUCAUUCCCAUGUCCCCUGUUUUAAGUGAUUAUAAGAGCUUCAAACAUGGGAACUGUGUUCCACAACAUUAAUACAGGCUGCUGAAAGGAAUUUUUGGACAUGUGUUUAAGAAUUAUAUGCUAGAUAAUGUGUUCAUGUCAUUGGGGAAACAGCCUUGAUACAUGUUAUACCUCUAAUAUCUGGCACAGUGUUGUUUGGCUAUGAAAAAUGAUGACGUCCAUUUUCCUCGUGAAUUUCCAAUGGUUGCACAUCCUUGGCGUGUUCCUGCCUGGUGUAGUUUGACCUCGAAACAAAUGUGAGCCCACAGACUUCCUGAGUAGAGCCUUAUGGAUGACAGUUUCAUUUCCAAGAUCACACAGACCACAGUAGCAGCAAGUAAGUGCAUAUCAAAUAGAUAACAGUGAUAAGAGGUGGUGCCGGUGUUUUCGUUGGCCACUCAACAAGCUUUUCCUGGCGCAUUGCAGGGCCUUUUCAAGUGACUUCCUUGUAUGUAGCAGCAUAUUGCAGUGGCACGAAGGGGCAAGAUUUUCUGUCUUGUUUGGUGUGGGUUGAGGUGAAGGGUGGUGGAGGGAGUAUUGACUGCACAAAAAAGAAAAUUUUGCUUUGAAGAGAGUCUGCCUCAUGAUUCUAACAUUCUACUGGAAGUGCCAAGUGUCCUUAGCAGCAAUCUGUCUCUUACUUCUGGUGCAUAAACCCAAAGGAAGGAAUGAAGUUAAGAAAUUUACAAAUACAGGACUGGUGUGGCAACCACAGAGAAAGAGCAAUAAUUGGAGAUCGUUUGGAGAUGUUUUUCUUUGUACUUAAGUAUCCGAACAUCACCCUGCCAUGCUGUGGACUUACUGGAUGAUGAUGGCGACAGUGAUCGUGAUUAGUGUGCACAGAAUGCCUGUGUCUGUUAUGAACACUAGUACCUUACAGCUUGAAGGAGCUGUCGGAUCUAUGUGCUGCUUAUCAUCCACACACAUUGGAGCGGGUACAAGUGUUACUCUUUACCUCAAUUAUUGGUUUUCUACCCCCUGUCCUCUCUUGCCUUCACCCUUAUAUAUAAAAAAUUUACCCACCCUCCUUCACCUUCACAAAGAACUUAUCUGCCCUCCCUCACUCUCACCCUCAGGUUGAAAAGCCUACCUUCCUUCUCUUACCUGUGGUUUGUUGCAAUUUCAUACUGUUUACUCACCUAGGGAGGUUAGUUGACAAUUAUGAUUGUCUGCCAUGCCAUUACAAUUGUCGAAGUGUGCCACAUUGCAUUGCUUAUAUGGACAUUGGCUAAACCAGCUGUCUAAACCUAAAGAUUAAGCCCUCCGCAAUGCUCCCAUUGUUUCAUCAAGUUGCUGGGAUUUCAAAAUGGAGAGCUUGUUGGCAUUUGUGGUGGGAUACUAUUAAACUAUCUGUUAUACUAAUCAACUACCCUGUUGUGCUUAUUCGAGAUAAUUAGCAUGACGUUAUAGACAUUAAGCUAAAAUGUUUAAGUUGCAUGCUUACUGUAAAUAAAAUCCCUCUACCACUGUUGCCAUGUGCCAGCUGAAACAAAAAGUAAUUAAGUUUUCGUACUGUAAUUGAGCUUUAGCUAUAUUUAUGUCAUGUAUUUUCUUCUUUUUCAUGUUGCAUUCUCUAGGUCAAAAAACGCUAUCAAUGCCUGAGAAGCCUCAAACCUUAAGUUUUUGUCCCUCUCUAAUCAGAGAAAGAAAAGAUAAAUUCCAGAAAGCUUCUUUCAAAUAAAGGAUCGAGCAUGCUUAGUUGUGGUAAUUGGUGAAAAAAAAAAAGAAACAUCAGAGUGACAUCAAAAAGUCACCAUCCCUGUUCCCACUUUCAUUGCUGUCACAGCUUCCAGUCUACACCUUUAUCUACAGCUUACAUCAACAGCCAUUUUUACAACUGAGGUCAGUUACAAAUAGGGGCUUCAGUGUACGUCAGAGCUCAAGAGCCUUCCUGCCGGUGCGCUUCAAAACUUUAGUCCUCAAACACGCAUGUGGUCUAAGUGACUUCUCUGCACUUCAGCCAUGAUGACGUUCAACGAACUUAGUUUCACUGCCUGGCUUGAAGGACUUUCCCACCCCCACACCCUGGGCUGAGCCGAGCAGAGGUGUUGCUGUUCAUGACAAUUACAAUCUGGUUCCUUACCCACCCCAGUGUUAAUGAAUCAAGAUCUGUACCUAUGGGAUUGCACCAAGUUCCCCGACAAAGAUUCGACAAGUACAACGAUUCCACCGCGACUCGCGGCUGCGGCGGAAUGCUAUAGGACAACGAAAUCCAAACCUGGGCCCAGCAGGUCUCGGCGACUCUUGAAAGACAAAGGCCGAGCGAAACCGACAGAACAUUGUCCCUCAGGGCGACCGACCGCAAGAGUAACAGACGCUGAAGUUGAGUAGAGACCACCCGUUGAAAAGACGUCAGGGCCUGUGUUGCGGCACCAUUUAGUCAUGGUGUCGUUCUGCAGGCGACUAAAUAAAGUUGUUUCUUGCGCUCUCUCUCUGCACUUCAGCGAUAUGAAUUGCGCCUUUCUCAUUUAGUUUCACAUCGUCACCCUUCCUCACCCUCACCUUAACACAUGAGGGUGAGGGCAGAUAAGAGAGGAUGUCCUCAUGAGGGACCACCCUUGUGAGGGCGCCAGUAAUGGCAGUUGACAUAUUGAUUGUCGGCUGUCUCUUCAUAACGGCAGAGAGUGAAUAUGACAAUUACUAUUACUGGUGCCCUCUGUACACCAAUCUUCACCUUUGUGCCUGUGUUAUUUCUGCCGCCAUUUUCAUGAUUGCCUUUUUCACAUUAGAAGUGUGACUGUGCCUUCAUGCACUGAAAUAUACAGGAGCUGGGGCUUGCGUUAGCCUGUGGUCAGUGCAAUAUGCUGUGCAAAAAAAUCUCGCAAUGUGCUUCCUCACAAAUUACAUGCUGUCCUUGUACCCACUUUCCGUCUCAGACUUGUCCUUAUGGCUGCACUCCUGGCAGCCAUCCCUCUCAAACAGCAUAAAUAAAACACAAAUAUGAGCAACCAAAGUAGAAAAUGCGGUAAUCUUGGUGGGUCUCUGCUAGUGGACAAUGGAAAAGUAGGCGGAACAACACAAUGAUUUGUCUCUUGUCAUUUCACUUUGCGACAGGCAACUUAUCCAUUGCCUAUUAACUGGCUCCCUUAGAUUAAUGCGCAUCACUAACCCAAUCAUGUAUCUUGCUAAAAAGCACAUUUCAAUGUCUAAAUUCACCACUGUGUGCAACAUUGAUGUGGCAUUGCAGACACCUAGAAUGACAUUUAUCAUGCAGUUAUGCCAGAAUCACGUGUCGUGGUAUCAAAUAAUUGCAAGAGGUGAUCUACUAUGUUGCUUCGUGUUCGUAUAUGUGUGCCAUUCCUGUUCAUGUUACACAAAUGAAAAGCUGUUUCAGUGUAGCGUUUGUCCAAUGACAUCCAGCCGCAAGUCGUAUCAUGCUAGAAAUUGUGCAGCGACAGGCUUAGCUCAAGCCUUCUUCCAGCCUCUGUUAUGUGCCGUUCAUCUAAAGACCACUUCGAUGGUAUUGCAUAAUAGGUGGAAAGAUAGGAAAACAGAAAGGCAUAAGUGUGCAAACACUUAUGCCUUUUUGUUUAUGAACAGCAGAUGUUCUUCGCUGUCGAUCAUGAGAAUGUAUGUGGGCAGCAUAUGGUAGUCGUUUGGCAGAAAGUGUUAUUCCAUCCUGUUAAUUCCAUCCUGUUUGCACAGGACAAGAUCGGUGCGCGGAACACAUUGCCAGGAAACUUCGCUGCGAGGUAUGAUGUAUGCUGUGCAAAUCAAUGCGUUUGUAAAGCUUCAAAAUGAAGCAUCCUUUUCCCGCCAACUCACUGACACGACCUGCCCACCAAAAGGCCUUUUACUAUUUUUAAUUUUCUUAUUUUUCAUAACCUGUUUUCUAAUUACGUCUUGUGCUACCAUGUGAUACACCAAUACCAUUCACUGACAAUUGACAGCCAAUAUGCUCACUAGUGCGGAAAACAGCAGGUAUCAUGCUUGGUUCAGAAUGUGACAAUUUGAACAGCACAAAGGACGGGACACGUAAGAACACAAUUGACGAAGCGUUUGCAUUCUUAUUUGUCCCAUCCUUCGUGCUGUUUAGACUUCGAUAUAUGUACCGGUUAGCCCACGUCAACACCCUGGUUCAGAGUGUGUCACUUUCUGUGGCGCAGACACCGUCGCCAUGAGUCGCUACCCGGAAGCGUCCCCUCAACUAUGCACAGACAUGGGAAGGAAUCUGCUGUGGCAUACUGUGUGCGGCUAUGCCACAGCUUCCCGCAACACAAUGAAGAUUCACCAAAGAGAACAUAAUGAGAAUUUCCUGAACAAGCGUGACUACUGCGGCAAGGUGUUCCCACUGAGGUACAACCUGCACAUACAUCUACGUGUCCACACUGGCGAGAGACCAGUCUGUUGUCCCCUCUGCCCUAUGCCUGUGCACAGAAAGGGGUCCUUAUGUGCCGUAUACAGUCGCAGAGAGGCGAGAAGCCAUGUCAGUGUAGGUUUUGUCCAAUGCGGUUUGGCCGCAAAGCACACCAGAAGAGGCAUAUGAAGAGAAAUUACACAUGCGGCAGGCCGCACACACUGUAGCAGUAAAUUCAGGAGAAUUAAGCAACACUUGAGCAAGGCGGAGUAGGAAAUUGCCGCCUGCUGUGUGAAGCUAUCCAUGACAGCCUGUUUUGUUCUGCAGAGAGGUUGUGCAUGGGAUGUCAACUUCCACAUGCUCACGUCAGGGGGCAGAUACUUCAAGAAUCAUUCAAGAGAUUAUUGUUUCACAUGCUAGCUGUUAACAGAGUCUUGCUUAUAUAUUAAUUUCCCACAUAUUUACAUUCAGUCCUUUAUUUUUCCAACAUAUCCGUAUUGCUAAAUGCAAUGUUUAACAUUACAACUGACAUAUUUGUUGAGGUUUUGCAGGUUUAUGCAUUUAUCGACUUCAUGUGUUCUUAAUGGGCUGUGUUGCUUCUUCGGAACAUUGUAACAUUUUCAUUGUGUGCAUUAAUUUUUGUCACAGUUUCACUUGUUUUGCAGGCUUGUACCAGGCGAUCCAUUGAUUGCAUCUUUUUUAUUUUUAUUAUUAUUAUUAUUAUUAUUUGUUGAAGCAGGUCACCACCAUCUUCUGAUUUUAUAUACAGUCAAACCUCCAUUCAGUGAAACCCAACUAUACAAAAUUUUCUAUCUGAAAUAUUUUUAUUCCCAAAUCCUAUUUAUAGAGAUUGAUGUGACAAAAAACCUUGAAGCAAUGAAGUGAGUUCAAUCUCUCAUCUGAAUCAAUUAUAUUUCAAGGGAAAAUAUCGGUAAAAGAAAGAACAUGUCACAUCAAGUCAAGGUUAUGUUCAGAAUUUUACUAAAUUUAUUCAAGUGUUGUAGCAAUGAAUACAUUACCUUGCCAGUUUCACACGGGUGGUUUUCCUUUUAUGUAAUGGUUUAUCGCAGUGUCUCGGUAUCACAAGCUCAGUGUUGGCUUACAAGCUGGUGCUAUUCUUCCAUUGCAGCCAAGUUAAAGAAGGUGUUGUCUUCUCAGUUUAGCCUUAUCCCACAAUUAAUUAUUCUUACAAAGCGCAGGAAGACAAAAUUUGCCAUUUUUGGCUCUUGAAUAAUGUUGUGUUAGUCGCAUGAGUUUUGUCGAUGUCAAAUGAGUCUGCAAUCCCUUGGACUGUUAAACUGAGGUUUAAUGCUUUGUGUAUACAAGAGUGGUCUUCCUUUUUGUAUUGAUUUUUAUUGCUGCCUUGUAUAUCAAGAGAACAGAGCAGGUGAUCCAGUUGUCUCCACUGGUGUAUGUCUUGA